AUGACCGAAAACGACGUUGAGAUUGCUAAAUCCCUUGGCAAAAAAGCCAGCUUCUGCGGACUACGAACUGCCGAAAGUGCAGUUUGUGCACAGGAACCAUGUAGUACGCGUCCACCGUCGCCUGUGGAAGACGACACUUGCAGAGCUGAACUGCUGCACCAACUGUCUACUGUGCGUCUACAUUGCUACGAUAUUUCGUACCAUACGAUAGUUAUUGCAGUUCUAGAGCGAAACGGACGACGAAGAGUUGGCCCCGCCGCGGAAAAAAGUCGUAUUCAACAGGAAUUGGAUGAACAUAAAGAAAUGCUUCGUUUCCAACGUUUGAUACUGGAGAAACAAUAUGCUGUGUGUACUAAAAUGGAUGCACUUUUGGAUAAGAUUUCAAUCAGACUUGAAAUCGUUGGAAAUGGCCGCACUCGACAGGUCGGAGAUCACUAUUUGAAUGCAACUUCUACGUUAGGCGGAGACCCUAAUGUUGAGGACUCAAUUAUUUGA